GUUAAAAUCUCAAUUUGACUCCGUGGUUCUAAUGACCCAUGUGUUCACGAAAAGACACAGUUCAGACGUCUGAUUUGCUUGUGCUGAAGACGAUUUAUAUUAUUGAACGCUGUAAAUUAUCAGAAAGACUUUAUCUGCUUGGGGAAUGGAGUGUGCUUGAUCCUGUAUCAAUUGUUGGACAAAGUUGAGACGGAUCUUAAUCUUAUAAUAUAUGCUUACUCGGUUCGGUCGUACCAUAAAAGCAAUUUGUUAGUAGGCGGUCAUCAAAAUUUGACCUCCUUAUCACCGGAGCUCAAGAACCUUAGACUAAAUAAUACGGUUCAUCACAGUCAAUGAUCAAAAAUAUGUCUAAGGACAAUUGUCACAUUCGAUGCGAAGGAAAGGCUUCCUGCAAUAUGUGUCGGUGAGGAAGUAGUUGGACAAUCUUGUCGAGGAAUAUGGCCUCGAUUCUUUCUCAUUCACGUUUUUUCAAGCCAUUCUUCCUUCAACACAGGCAGACCUAACGCUAUAAGCUAUGUUCAGUGUAUGACUAUGGCUCGAUCUGACUCGCUGAAGAUCGACUGAUAGAAUUGCGCGACUACUUCUCGCUAGUAUAAUUGUAUCACCUAGUAUAUAAACCCUGCCUCUUUUCCUCAGACGGUCCCUCCGAAAUCAGCUAGCCGUGUCGCUUAAGCAUUGAUGUUAUUGAUUUUCCCUCCACUUCAGAUUUCUCCACAGGACUGUCAGGGCUGAUGGUGCGACAUUUCGCGAAAAAAACCAUAAAAACAGGUAUCUUCUUAGAACCAUACUGCGUUACCACAUAUACCUACGUGUCUCGCAGGCAUGUGCGUCCUGAUAUCUAGAUAUAUUUCUAUUAUUUAUCUCAAUCAAGAACAACGAGGAUCAUGUAGGAUAUUAUAGAGGAUUUCAGAGUCGACGUUUUUCUGGUGGUGGAAAUGUAUGGGAUUAGAAAGGUCUUAGAUGGAAUUCCUCCUCGUAGUUGGAACUCUUAACUUUACGACUGGAAUUGUUCGUAAUUGGAACUCUUAAUUCGAGUCGGAAAGUUAAGAGUUCUGUCCUCUAUUUUGAAACGCUCGUGCGCAUGUGGCAUCCCCCUCACGAGCAGACCGACCCUGCAUACUCAAUUUGGCACGCAAUCAGUAGUCCCUUGCUAGACCCGCGUGGCGGCUCUUUUUAUUCAACUCUUAUCUUGCUUCACGACUGGAAUGGUUCGGAUGAUGAAUAUGUACAAUCUAUCUAGAUCUAUGUUGUAGCUCUUCAAGUUACUCCGCGUCUUCUAGUUUAUUAUCAUAAUCUUACCUAUAAUUUUUCUGAUUAUGAUGCGAUCUCCUUUGAUCAUACCUAUAGACCUUAACUAUACAAUUUUACUAGGUGUUGAUCUGACGAGUGACGAAAUAAUGAAUGACGAAGAUGCUCUGGUCGGGUCUUUGCCGGCAUCGCAAACACAACUGGUGAAGCACGCGACUCAAAUGACCCGAAGAUCGAUAUUUCUUCUCUAAAAAUCACCUCCAAGAACGGAAGGAAGCAACCGUAGGGCUAUACAGUCCGGGCGUCUGGUGUGGCAGCUUUAACAAGUGUUCGUUGUGCAAUUCAUACCUCUCUUCACAUUUCACAUCUCGAGCAGCGACAACGAACCAGCGGCAAGAGCAUAAACAUCUUCAGCAGAAAGAGCAGGAAGAGACUUUCCCAGGUCGGUGCAGCACUUCGACCCGUGUUUGACUUCUGGGUAUCUUUUUUCAUCAUCAAGGAUGUCGCAGCACUACAAUAAUUACGGAGGUGGGGCAAGUAGCCAACAGUAUCAGGGGAAGAGUAUGUACCCAAACAAUACACCGAACGAACAUAUUCCCAACUCUUGAGAGUGGAACGAAAUUCACACCCAGCGAACAUAUUCCCAAAUCUUGAGAGUGGAACGAAAUGCAAAAUGGAACGAAAUGCAAAAUGGAACGAGAUGCAAAAUGGAACGAAAGGGGACGCAAAGUGGAACGAGAUGCAAAAUGGAACGAGAUGCAAAAUGGAACGAAAUUCAAAAGGGUUGGAACGAAAUAGAAACUGGGACGAGAUUCAAAAUUGAACGAAAUAGAGAGCGGAACGAGGUGCAGAAUGGAACGAGAGAGAGAGAGAGUGGGACGAAAUUCAAAAUGGAACGAAAUAGAGAAGGGGACGAAGUAAAGAGUGGAGGGAGAUGGCUGUAGCGCUCUCGCUCGCUCCACUCUCUACGCCGUUCCCCUCUCUAUUCAAUAGGGCCCAUUUCGUUCCAUUUUGAAUUUCGUUCCGUUUUCUUUUUCGUUCCGCUCCUUAUUUCGUUCCAUUUUGAAUGUCGUUCCAUUGGUUUUGAAUCUCGUCCCAUUUUCGUUUUCAAUUUCGGUCCAUCACCGUUUCAAAUCUCGUCCCAUUUUUACCACUUUGAAGCUCGUUCCAUUUUGGGGCUCGUUCUAUUUUGAAUCUCUUCCCAUUUUGAAUUUCGUUCCAUUUUGAAUUUCGUCCCAUUUUGGAUUUCGUUCCAUUUUGAAUUUCGUCCCAUUUUGAAUUUCGUUCCUUUUUGCAUUUCGUUCCUUUUUGGAUUUCGUUCCAUUUUGAAUCUCGUUCCAUUUUGAAUUUCGUUCCAUUUUGAAUUUCGUCCCAUUUUGAAUCUCGUUCCAUUUUGCAUCUCGUUCCAUUUUGAGUGUCGUCUUAUUUUGAAUCUCGUUCCAUUUUGAACUUCGUUCCAUUUUGAACUUCGUUCCAUUUUGGGCCGCAUUUCGUUCCAUUUUGAACCCCGUUCCAUUUUGCGCGUCGAUUUCGUUCCAUUUUGAAUCUCGUUCCAUUUUGAAUCUCGUUCCAUUUUGAGUCCCGUUCCGUUUUGAAUCUCGUUCCAUUUUGAAUUUUGUUCCAUUUUGGAUUUCGGUCCAUUUUGAAUGCCGUCUCAUUUUGCGCGCCGUCUCAUUUUGCAUGCCGUUCCAUUUUUGACUUCGUUCCAUUUUUACUCUCGUUCCAUUUUGAAUUCCGUCCCAUUUUGGACUUCGUUCCAUUUUGAAUCUCGUCCCACUUUGAAUCUCGUUCCGCUUUGAAUUUCGUUCCAUUUUGAAUCUCGUUCCAUUUUGCAUUUCGUUCCAUUUUGAAUCUCGUCCCAUUUUGAGUCUCGUUCCCAUUUUGAAUCUCGUUCCAUUUUGAAUUUCGUUCCAUUUUGCAUUUCGUUCCAUUUUGAAUAUCGUUCCAUUUUGAAUAUCGUUCCAUUUUGAAUUUCGUUCCGUUUUGAAUUUCGUUCCAUUUUGGAUUUCGUUCCAUUUUGAAUUUCGUCCCAUUUUGAAUUUCGUUCCAUUUUGAAUUUCGCUCCAUUUUGAAUUUCGUUCCAUUUUGAAUUUCGUUCCAUUUUGAAUUUCGUUCCAUUUUGAAUUUCGUUCCAUUUUGGAUUUCGUUCCAUUUUGAAUUUCGUUCCAUUUUGUGGCUCGCUAUGGGAUUUCGUUCCACGCUCAAGAUUUCCGAAUAUGUUCGUUUGGUGUAUGCGCUUGGGUUCAUAGGGAAGAGCCGUGGAGGCGGAUACGAUGGAGGUCAGCAGAGGCAGGGAGGGAACAGCCACAGUUCCUCGGCUGGCUACAUUAUGGCUCAUCUCUUUAAUGAAGAGAAAAAUGUAGUUUUUCUUGAUCUCUACUCUUUGCGCGCCCCGAAGAGAAAAAUCUGAAGCCCACUUACUGGUCGGGAGAAGCCCAAUUUUCUCAACCACGGCUGUUUCCUGUGGCCGACCUCUACCGUGUGGGCGCCUCAAGGCGAAAAUUUUAACGCUCUGUCUUAGAGUAGGAGUUUCGCCAUUCUUAAAAUUUGACAUCUCAGCCUUUCUUCAACCUCUGCCGUGUGCUGGCUUCGACGAGGAAUUGACAGGUCCCUGCUAGCGGUGGGCGGGUUUUCAUUAUUUUUUGUAACUGGAGGGUAUUACGACCAACUGCUGAACACAGAUAGCCAAUAAAUGCCAAAAGAUAUUAUUAUUAUUAUUAUUUCUUUAAGCGUGGCGGGGGUAAACACGGAGGACAGCAACAUCAACAGCAUGGUGGUCAACAUGAUCCAGGACAGUACCAGGGUACGUUAAGGCCACUGCUGAAGCAUCCUCAAUGUCUUCCUUGCUUCUUCUUUUUCUACUUGAAGAAGAAGUCCCUUCCAAGGAUCUUAUUACUCUCAAAGGGGAAGAUGCGAGCGCAGUAGCUCUAAGUACGAACAUGACGAAAACUGAAUUCUUCAAGAAACAGGAUGAAAUUCCCGUCGAAGUAUCACCUGCUGUACCUGAUUUGCAGCUGCUCCAGGACUUUGGGCAUAUUCCACAGCACUGGCAGGUUGCACCGCAAUUGCUGAAAAAUUGUGAUUAUGACUAAUGUUUAUUUGUUGCUGCCCAAUAUAUAUGAUUAUUAACCUGACUAUCCUCUGUCUCUCUUGAACAAUGAAUAAGGUAUUUCUUUUUUGAUUAUUAUCUACGGUUCAUUUCACAAGACUAUCCUUCUACUCAGCAGGCAGCUUUCGAAACAACUCUUGUUGUAGGAUUAAUAAAUGGUAACUAAGUAGGUUCUUCUCGCUCUGAAAACGAAAACAAGAUCCCCCUGACUACAUGAUCAUACAUAAUGAGUAGGUAGGAAUAGUAGGUUGAGAGUAGAAGUACUGCUACCAACCCAAGACUGACCCAAGCACGCAUUUGACUUUAUAGCACAUGUCUUUUGUUGAAUUUGUUACGUCUUCACAGCACUGUAGGAGGACUGCUUGAGACGUCAUGACGAUGAUUGAAUAGCGCCGCUCUAAUUUGAUUACCAGCGACCAACACCGGUCCAGAAAUACGGGAUUCCUCUAGCAUUAAGAGGAUACGAUAUCAUGGCAUCUGCACAAACCGGUUCUGGCAAGACUUGCUUCUUCCUCUUUCCCAGUAUAUCCAAGCUCUUGAAUAACAUUAUGGAAAAACGACGACAACGACAUAUUCUAACGACGAAUACUUACUAGACGAGUAUGCAUCCAAGAGCUGUGUACGAAUAAGUAUUAUUUGUUUGAUCGUUCUUGAAGCUCCUUGCAGACAAAGUUUUACGGGUUGGUAAUAUGAUAUCUAUGACUUAUGCGUCAUUGACUUGUUCUCUAAUUUCGGUGGGCGAAACGACAGCACGAUCACAAUGCAGGUCGGGAAUGAGUCUCGGCGAGUAGCAGCGCCGAAAGUUCUAGUGAUGGCCCCAACGCGUGAACUCUGCCAACAGAUUGCAGAAGAAGCAGAAAAAUUCUGCCGAGGCACGCAUCUCCUACUCGCCGUACAGAUCUUCAGUUUCUACGUAGACCUUUAUCACUGGAAUGAUAUCCCGUGUGAAGAGAGACACACGUUUAUAUAAAAUGUGCGUGGGCUUCUAUCUGGUUUUGGUUUCCAUAUGAGGACGCGAUUGUUUUCAUUGUAACUGUAUCUAAGUGACUUGCAUUCAAUGAAUCCAUAGAUACAGUCGGUGUGUCUACCACUUGGAAUCCACAACUACAGUGUGUCUACGGCGGUAUCCGAUACUCGAUACCGCCGUAGACACACUGAAUCUAAGUGACUUGCAUUCAAUGAGUUGAUAGAUACAGUCGAUAGAUACAGUCGGUGUGUCUACCACUUGUCUCAUUCCUUCCAUCAUUUCGUGGCAUCCCUUUGUCUUCGCGCCUGUCUGUUGCUUGCGAAACGUACUGUGCCCCUUUUGGUGGCCAGAAAACUUUUUUUUCUGAAAUCUCCAAAUCCAAAUCCAAACUACAGUGUGUCUAUGGCGGUAUCGAGUAUCGGACAUCGAAAGCUGCAGUGGCGCGCGGCAAUGAUAUCAUUAUUGCCACGCCAGGACGACUGGAAGACAUGGCGGACCGUAAGGACAUAUCCUUAACGAAAAUCAACAUGCUGAUCCUCGACGAAGCAGAUCGCAUGUUGGAUAUCGGCUUCGAGCCACAAAUUCGUAGCAUAGUGCAGAAAAGAGGUACUUUAGAUAUAGUGGUCCUGAGCUCCUGCAAAACAGUAUUCUGAACGGAAAAUGAAAUAGUAUACACAUGAUGUUCGCUUAGUAAUUCUAAUACUAGCCACUAAGAUCGACGACAAAACACAUGCAUGUUGUGGUUGUUCAUCAUUUCAAAGCUUCUGUUCUUUCAACCAUUGCCGAAACUCACGAAAACUGCAACUCCGUACAAGUCCUUGAUGACGAAGAUGAGCUCUUCACGACUUAGGUAUGCCGAAAAGCAGGCAAACGCUCAUGACAAGCGCGACCUUCCCUGAGGGCGUCCAAUUUCUAGCGCAGGAUUUCCUCCGAGACUACAUUUUCGUGGCCGUUGGCCAGGUAGGGGCAGCGGCGAGCACGAUCCGGCAGAAAAUCGUUUGGGUCGAUGACGACGACAAGGAUGCGUAUCUAUACGGCAUCUUGCUGCACCAACGACAAGUGGGCUUGGUUCUAGUCUUCGUCAAUACGAAGCAAGCGGCCGCUGACCUCGAGAGGUUUUUAGGGCGGAUGUACAUCAGAACUACCAGUAUCCAUGGUGACAAAGACCAGAGAAAACGCGAAGAAGCCCUAGAGCAGUUCAAAAACAAGCAGAAGCGUACCCCAUCAUCGAUUAUCGUCUUCCUAAAAAUUUGAAUGAUUCAUUUUCUACUGAUGUUGUGCAGCCUCUAUCUCUAAAUGCUACGACCAGUUUAAACCACUCAUUUUUUAAGCUGUGCUGUUAACGUUCAAUAGAUAUAGAUGCAUAUUUAUAGGUUUAGUGAAAGAUCUCUUAGUAAGUUGUCUUUUACAUCAUCAUGUCACGAAAUUUCAGCUGUGAUGAUCGCGACGGACGUCGCCGCAAGAGGAUUAGAUAUUCCCAACGUGGCUCUGGUAGUACAGUACGUUAAGGCUCAAUACAAUUCAUUUCUACAAGCCCUUUCUCCCUAUACUCUCCUUCUUGGCAUUGGGAGAAAUUUAGGCAAGAAGUGAAAUGUUUUGAGCUCUAAGUUCGACUGCGCAUUGUCGUCGGACGACUUCGUCCAUCGAAUAGGACGGACAGGACGUAUCGGAAACCAAGGACUGGCGAUCACGUUCAUGAACAAUCGAAAUAAGGGGAAUGCGCAUGAAAUUUUGGAAAAAGUCGAAAAGUCUGGCAAUGUGUUAUGGCAGUAUCACAAUGAGUAUGGUAGAAGUAGCACUUCCACACCCCUAGUAGUAAACGAAUGUUAUGAUGAAUGUAAAUGUCUCUAUCUUCGUCCACGACGUUGUAGAUAAGAUAGUUUUGACGCUCGUUGUAAAGCAAGGAAGCGCAACCUUUCUUGGUUAUUUACUUUGCUUCUAUCGUUGAUAGCUAUACUUCUCUUGCUUGAUAGGUAUACUUACCUAGGAAGAUGAUGAUGCUUGGCACAUCUUUUCCCUAUUAAUCCACCAAAGCCCGGUUAUUAUGCAAAACAUGGCCAUUUUAGCUCUAAAAAUUGCACCGAAUUGGCUAAAGGGAAUGGCGAUUUCAACUGGAAACUUCGGGCAGACGGAAAACAAAGAGCCGGAGAACGGUCAUGCAUACGGUGGCCAAGACUUUCGGUAAUAAUGCCACGUUGAUGAUGUUGGGACAAUUUUGGACCUUCAAAUUUUGAACUUUUCUAUCUUGAAAUUUCUCAGGCUGCUCCAGUAGAGGACCUCAACAAUAACGUACAACUCAUGACUGAUUUUGCAUCUCCCGCAAUUGAGUCACAAUGACUGUAUCUGAAACAGGACCGAACAAAAAAGUUGUUUUGAUUCAUCUUAAGAAGAACAACAGUCCCAUCACUCAUCGAGGUGAUGUUAUGUGAUAACUACUCACGAGAAAAUUUACAACAACUACUACACAGAAAGCAUACCACUGGGGGUUUUAAGACUGCUGCAGAAAGAGACGAGGCGAAGAAAUUUAAGAACUUUGAUAGCAACGCUUAUGGCGAGGGUGACGCUUCAAGAGCCGCAAAUGCCCAGCGGGAAAUCGCACCAGAGGCUGCUGCGUAUGACCACAUGCCUACGGGGAAAGGUGGAAAAAAUAGAGGCGGCGGAAAAAAUCAAGGAAAAGGAGGCGGAGGAGGUGGAAAAAAUAAAGGUGGUGGUGGCGGGAAUAAAGGUGGAGGAGGUUACUAUGGUGGGAAAAAGUAAAAAGCUGGGAAAAAGUAAAACAUCUUCAAGGCUAGGUUUUUACUUACGCAGAUGUUUGAUGAGUAGAAGUAGCCCCUUGUACGCAUCAUAGUAUUCUCCACAGGCAUAGUACGCGGAAACAGGUGCCACGCCGUCGACGCUUUCGUCAUUGGUAUACCCUGUCACACGGAAAAUUUUAUACACACUACCCGCUCCACACAUUUUGAAUCAGUUUCUACUCUGAUAUACCUGGGUUUUGUUUGUCAUUUUUUACGCACCGCAACGCGCAAAAUGCUCUAAGAACAGAGAAGCAGAUAUUGGUCGUAACACUGAUCAUCAUUAUUCAUGAUUUAUCACUCCCCUUAAGCUUAAAAAGAAUAGGAAUACAUGAUGAACAUGAGUUGAUGUUAGAGCAGUGAAAAAACAGAUGAAUUACUAACUCACGACACCACUCUCUUAAUGCGUGGCAUAUUCGACAAAACGUCUGAAGCUAUGUGACCGAGAAUGAGUCUGCUUCCUAAACGGUCGUUUUGCUAUUAGUGGGAGAGAGACCUGGUAUUUCGUACCAGAUGAUUAGAAGUCGGAGUGUUGUUGAUAGACACUUUUCAGUUCUGACUCCACUGUUUGGAUUGCCAUUCAGGGUGUUGCAGUGCCUAGUGACGAGCUGCUCAGAGUUUGAACGUCGAGAAGAUGAUCUGUUUCGCAGAUUCUUUUACUAGCUCGAAGAGUACUGAAG